AUGCCAACGGAAGUGCAGCAAAGGGUGAUCGGAGCACAGCCUGGAAAGAGGAAGGUUGUCGUGGCGACAAACGUGGCGGAAACCUCCCUCACAGUUGGGGGCGUCGACCAUAUGGUUGACUGCGGUGCCGCCAAGAUCAUGAACAAUGCGCGGGAAGAACUGGUCGCACUGGUCCCGGUGCCUACUGGGCAUGCUUCAGCAUGGCAGACUUCUCUGGCCCCUUCCUUGACAUAUCUUGAGCGGAGGUCAAACGAGUGCGACUCGAAUCGGCUGUCCUUUGCGUCAGAGGAUUCGGAUACCGCGGGGUUGCGUGGGAUGCUGCUUGGCCCUGUGCCGGAAUCAUGGAAACUCGGGAACGAUGUUUUGACAUGCAUCGGUGUCCUGAAGGAGACAGGGGAACUCACUCGUGUCAGUGCUGUGGUGGCAAGACUCCCCAUUGACCCUCAACUGGCGACUGCUCUUUGGCACGCUUGUGAUAAGGGCGUGGGACGACAUAUGUGCGAUCUGGUGGCAAUAUUGGAACAGCGCGCCUCGGUCCUGCAAUGGCCGAAUGAUCCGCUCGAGCGUGGUGCAGCCCUGCAAGUAUGGGGCUCAGGCCCUCAAGGCCGGAAUUUCAUCGACGACACGAGCGAUCACUUCGCACUCCUUAACGUGUUGGCCUCGUAUAGGAAAGUCCAUGUCCCACUUCGACAGACGUGGUGCCGAUCGGGGUUCAUCAACAUGCCAUCAUUAAAACUCGCAGAGCACUUGAGUGGUCGGUUGUUGAUAGCCUGUAAGGAGGCCGGCCUCACCACCGAUGUUCGCACAUCAAUCACGACGCCGAACAAGCGCAAGCUCAUUCUCCAGGCACUUGCGAGAGGCUUUGAGACGCAACUAGCGGUCAAACCGGACACUGACACCUUCUUCACCACUGUCCACUUGAAGACUACGGACGUCGUCAUUGACAACAAUAGCUUCAUCCCACAGGAACCGCAGGGAGUUGUCUUGUACCACUCAGGCAUGAUGAGGGGCGAAACCAAGAAGAGGGUGAUCUCCACAUGGAUCAAUUGGGGCAAGUCCUUCUUAUUUACGUCAGCUUUCAGCAACGCGUGGGGAACGCGCUCUCCAGAGUCCGUUUGA